AUGUUCCUCCUGCUGAUGGCCCUUCAGAUCUUGGCUGUAGCCGUGGCCCAGAACCAAGGGAAUGAGAACAAGAUAAUUGGUGGCUACACUUGCACCCAGAGCUCCCAACCGUGGCAGGCAGCCCUCCUGCAAGGCCCGCUGCAUCGUUUCCUCUGUGGAGGGUCCCUGCUGUCCGACCAGUGGGUCAUCACCGCUGCUCACUGCGCCCGCCCGAUCCUUCAAGUCGCCCUGGGCAAGCACAACCUGAAGGUCUGGGAGGCCACACAGCAGGUGCUGCGCGUGGCCCACCAGGUGCCGCACCCCCAGUACAACUCUCGGACCAACGACAACGACCUGAUGCUGCUGCGGCUGGAGCGGCCCGCUCGGCUGGGGCGGGGGGUGCGGCCCAUCUCCGUGGCCCGCUCCUGCGCCGGCGUGGGCUCCUCCUGCCUUGUGUCAGGCUGGGGAACCAUCUCCAGUCCUGUUGUGAGUUACCCCCAAACCCUCCAAUGUGCCAACAUCGAGCUUCGCUCAGAUGAGGAGUGUCGUCAAGUCUACCCGGGGAAGAUCACACCCAACAUGCUCUGUGCCGGCACAAAAGAGGGUGGCAGUGACUCCUGUGAGGGUGAUUCUGGUGGCCCUCUGGUCUGUAAUGGGUCUCUUCAAGGCAUCAUCUCCUGGGGCCAGGAUCCAUGUGCUGUCUCCAAAAAGCCUGGUGUUUACACAAAGGUCUGCAAAUAUGUGGACUGGAUCCAGAAGACCAUGGAGAACAAUUAG